GAGCGCAAAAUGCUUUCUUUCUUCUUCCCCACUCCGCGCUGAUUCUCGAGCACUACUCCGCACCGCAGGCCUAAACCCAAACCCCCUCCUAAACCCUAGCCCCCCCCCCCCCCGCCCCGUCCAUGGACUCCUCGGCGCGAUCGGGCGCCACGGGGUCCUCCAACCCCCGCGCCUGGAUCGUCGCGGGCGUCGCCGUCGCCGGUGUCAUCGUCCUCGCGGAGGUCGCGCGGCGCCGCCGGAGGUGGUUGCGGGGCAAGUCCAGCCCGCCCCCCUACUCCGGGGCCUUCUGCGACCGCCUCGAGCUCGCCCCUCCGCCGCAGCCCCCUCCUCCCGCGGCCCGCCAGCAGCUCUUGGACCUCGCCUUCGCGGUCAGCGACAACUUCGACAUCGAGGGCCAUGUCGCCGGCUUUGGAAACCCGGACUGGAAGAGGACGCACAAGGCAGCGAGCCACACGGCGGUGGCCGUCAAGGUUCUGCUGAAACAGGGGGCUACCUGCGUCGGGAGGACAGUCAUGGAUGAACUCGGCUUUGGUGUUACUGGAGAAAAUUUACACUGUGGAACACCAAUCAACCCAGCAUCUCCAUCAGUCCUCCCUGGAGGGUCAUGCAGUGGUGCCGCUGUCGCAGUUUCUGCACAGCUUGUCGAGUUUGCUCUCGGUACUGAUACAACUGGUGAUUUGAGAAUUCCAGCAUCUUUCUGUGGUGUACUUGGUUUCCGGUCUUCUCAUGGGGUUGUGUCUACUCUUGGGACCUUACCGAACUCACAUAGCCUAGAUACCAUUGGAUGGCUUGCACGAGAUCCUCAUAUACUUAGUCGUGUUGGAGAUGCUCUGUUACCCGUUGCUGCAUGUGGACUUAAGGGGAAAAGGCAGUUAGUUUUUGCUGAUGAUUGCUUUGAGUUGCUGAAGAUUCCCAACCAGAAAACGGUGGAUGUCAUAGAAAAUGCUGUCCAUACAUUACCUGGUGGAUAUCAGCCACCUAAGCACAUCAAUAUUGGCCAGUAUAUCAGUUCAAAUGUACCUAGCUUGAAGGAGUUCUGUGAACCUUCUACAAAGUUGCAAGAAGGAAAGUCGGCCUUGAAAGCUCUUUGCACGGUCAUGCUAUUAUUACAGAGAUAUGAAUUCAAAUCAAACCAUGAGGAUUGGGUUAACACUGUAAAACCCAAGCUUGGUCUUGAAGUAUCCACCCGUGUACUACAAGCUGUAAAUUUCACAGACGAUAACAUCAAAUCCUUGUACAUUGUACGGACUGAAUGGCGAGCUGCACUGAAGAAUCUUCUAAAGGAUACUGGGAUUUUAGUUCUGCCAACCAUGGCUGGACACCCUUUGAAAAGGAACUCCAAACAGAGAUUGUCAUCUGAAUUUGAAGAUAAAAUGUACGCAUUUGUCAGCAUUGCUGCACUUUCAGGCUGUUGCCAGGCUACUGUUCCCUUGGGAAAUCACAAUGAUCAUCCUAUAUCUAUUUCAUUUGUAGCAGCUCAUGGAUCAGAUAAGUUCCUUCUUCGUGCUAUCUUGGAUAUGUAUUCAACUAUCCAAGAACAAAUAGUUUUGGCAUCCAAGUUGACACUCCCACCAGUAAUCGAUCGUGAUGUUGAUGCAUCAGAGCUGUUGAAAGAAAAGGGAAAUAAUUCCUUCAAAAGAAAACAAUGGAGCAAGGCUAUUGAAUUCUAUUCCGGGGCAAUCAAAUUGAAUGAGACAAAUGCGACAUACUAUUGCAAUAGGGCAGCUGCUUAUCUGGAACUUGGCCGUUUCAAGCAAGCUGAAGCGGAUUGCGACCAGGCCUUACUGUUGGAUAAAAAGAAUGUGAAAGCAUAUCUCCGACGAGGCACCGCAAAAGAAAGUUGUAUGAAUUACCAAGAAGCUCUACAAGAUUUCAGGCAUGCUUUAGCUUUGGAGCCGCAGAACAAAACAGCCCUCGCGGCAGAGAGAAGGCUACAGAAACAUCUCAGGUGAGAUAGGGGCGGAGGAGCUGGAACCCUCCGAAGUAGCGAAUAUUUGGUUGUAAAGAAAGAGCCCCUCUGCUCUGUGAGAAGAAUUGCCCUCGAGACACUGGAGACUUGGCUUCUGUAGUGCUGGGUGUCGUUGUUCUCAUUUCAUAAAUUGAAAUUUUGUCCGAAUUUCAUGAAGAUAUCGCCCGUCUUCGCAGUACAGCGGAAACUGGCAUGCUGAGAGAUUGUAGGCCAGCUGCUGUUGCGCGGAACAUUCAAGUGUUCGGUUGAGUCUGUAAAACUUGUACUUGUGCUGCCAUCCAAUCAAUCCAAUACGGCAACGUGUGACGACGGUA